AUGCAGCGCACAUGGCUGUCUAGUUUAGAGUUCUCAUCGAACGUUGCUGCAGGUUUUUUUAUUGUGGCUCGUCGGUUGUUUGUUCAGGGUGGGCCGCCGCCCCCAAAGCUGCAUGAAGGCAUUGAGCCUAUGAAAAAACUUCAUUCCCAUCGAGCAGAGAUGGAUGCGCGUUACGCCGCAGAGAGAGAGGCGGAGCGUGAAUUUUAUGCUCGCACCCCCCACAUUCCUUCGCCUUUGCCGCACAACAGCCACGAAAAGGGUAAGUAUGGCAUGCGUCGCCGCCUCAAGAUUCAUCAGGCAGAGGAUGACAUUAGUGUUGAAUCCCUUAGUGAGGCAGUGGAGACAGGGAACCACGCAAUGCGGAAGGGAUGA